UUUUCAGUGUAAUCGCACACGCAAUCCAGAUCGAUUUCCCACGCCCAUUCGAACGCGUCGCUGUAACGUGAUAAUCCAUAUAUCAAGAAGCAUCCAAUGUAUUGUGAAAUCGUCGUUUUCAAGGUCCAGGUAUCGCGAGGGUAUUGGUCCCAUCACUAUCCACAUCCUUGAUCGUUUGCCAGCCGGCAUGUGCGCGUUGCAAUCGAUUUCCGUGGUCAACGCAUGCCCUGCUUGCGCUCAUUCUUUGUGGAAGAGUACUCAGUCGGUGGCACUGCUGCGGCACAACAGGGUAGGAGAUGGUCUAUUGCCGAUAAUUUCUAUUUCGAGUCGAACGAGUCGAUCGCAUCCAGUUCUCCUCUCCUUGACGCACGCCGGUACACACGUCCAAAGGUCGAAGGAUCCUCGGCAAGGAUGUAUUGAACUUAAGAAGAAAAAGUAACCAGGUGUCACACCCAGGAAGAUCUAUGGGCCGUAAACGGUGGUUGCGAGGAGGCUCGGAGCUGUUGGUGCUCUUCAUCCUUCAUCACGUAAUUCUGGGUGAUGGUGAUGUUGGAUGCCUGUUCAGCGAGAGCCUCUGUGAUCCCCGAAUGGAAACGUGUUACAAUGACCUUGCGUUUGGCAGAUGUUUACCAUUAUACACGGAUCUAAACGACGAAGACUAUUAUCAAUAUAAUUUUAACGUCGACGAAUUGGAGUUGCUAAGACUGCAAUUAGAGAGGCUGCAAGUAGAUGAAUACAAAUGGUCCCAUCCCUAUACACAAUGUAUCAUGCAAAUGAUCUUGUAUAACUUACGCCACAGAGAAAACUAUGAUCUUCGACUCUGUCAGCAUUUGAAGCAACGUACGCACUUCGAAAACAAGAAUGAAAUCGAUCAGGCCAGAAUGCCCACGAUAGCCAUAGUGAAAUUCACGCCAAAUAACGACAAGUUCAACAGCCAAUUCGCCAACGAGCUCUAUUAUCCUCCUGGCACACGAAAUCAAUAUUUCCCCGACGCUCUUCGCGACAAUGAAUAUCCUCGAUCGCCGUACAAGGGACAUCUCAGAGAAACCGAUUCUCAGCUCUACAAGCCGAGAUUCUACAACUCGAACACUCACAACGAAUACGACUCACUAACGAACGAAGAAACCUACGAGGAGAACCUCGACGGAAGCAGUUCGCGCAAGAAUCCACUGACUUUCGAUGGAAUCGACGAGAGGCUGUCUCGAACCAGGCGUCAACCUCAGAUCGGGAGAUACUUGCAAAGCUACGACGACAACGCGAUGGAAUCGAUUAAAGAUGCUCUGGAGGAGGAGGUGUCGAAGAAGCUCUCAGACCUAGAGUUCCUGAUCAAUGACAAGUCCGAGGAUUAUUCCGAUAAAAAGGAGCUGGAGGAUGAGGAUCUCGAGUACGAGAAAGCGUUUUCAGGAAAGUACAAACCCAGGAAGUUCGGCGACGCCACGGACGAGAACAAGCUUCUUUUGGAAAAUGUGAAACGUAACUCGAAGAACGAUUACAACAGCGACGAUUACGACGAUCUGAGCGACGAAGAAGAACUGCCUCAGAAGGAUAGUUCGCCGAUGGACAAUGGGAUUUACACGGAAGGAGGACUCGUUCAGACUGCUGAUAAAGCUGACAUCGACACCGACGACAAUGCCUACGGCAAUUUAUUCGCUGACGAUUUAAAAGAACUCCUUCGAAAGCAUGGUCUAGCCGGAUUUAAACGCGGAGAUGUUAAGAAACCGGGGCCACUAUUCUCAACGAACAACUACGCGUUUAAAACUCCAUCGCCGUCCGGUUUGUUUCUUAUUUUAGGAAAUGAAAAUCGUUCCGAUUCCAUUGAAACCGAACAGAACAAUGACGUGCUGCUUAAUCCAUAUGUGAAGAAGGAAGUGGGCCAGCAAGCGGACUCGAAAUCGUACAACAAUGUCGAUCUGGAUCAUGUUUACGUGGAAUUUCAAGAACCAUUUCAUAAAUGGUCGGACGGUGAACACGUUGUCGAAAAAGUGGGCGAAUUACUGGGACUAACGUCUGGCUCUUUGAAAGAUAUUCGAGUUGGUCGUGCGGAAGUGACGUUCAAAGUGGUUAAAAAUAAUAAGAAUUACAACGCUACUGAUGUAGUCAACAACAUAGAUGACAUACGUGAAAAAUUGAAAAACACUCUAGGUGUCGAGGUGAUCCGUGCAGGCAUAGGUGACAAGACCAAGCUACCCGCAAUGCUGGAAGUUGUUAGAAAAACCGAAAUGAGUUCGAGCAUGUUCGGAGCGAUAGUGACUGCAGGAGUCGUAGCUGCUAUCGCAGCUGCAGCAAUCACAUUGGUGAUCGCUCGUCGACACGCUAAAGCAAGAGCCAAACUGGCAGGAUUGGCUACACCCGAUCCGGAAGCAUCGAAGGACUAUCAAGAUUUAUGCAGAGCAAGGAUGCAUGCCAAACAACCGGCAGAUAAGCCAGAAUCACCGCGAAUUACAAGCUUAACCAGGGAGAACGAGUCCAAUAAUUUGCCGUCAAAUCGAUCUAGCACCUCCUCUUGGGGAGAGGAACCGGCUCUUUCAAAUAUGGACAUAUCUACUGGACAAAUGGUUCUGAGUUACAUGGAGGGUCAUUUGAAGAAUAAAGAUCGAUUGGACGAAGAAUGGGCGGCAUUGUGCGCGUACGAGGUGGAUCCUUGUUCGACCGAGGUCGCACAAAAUGAAGAGAACGUCAAAUGUAAUCGUCCUGGUGCAGCAAUUCCCUACGAUCAUUCCAGGGUGAUUCUAAACGAUUAUGCUAAUGCCAAUAACUCCGACUAUAUUAACGCCUCUACGAUCAAAUCGACGGACCAUGAUCCUCGAAAUCCAGCUUAUAUCGCCACACAAGGACCAUUGCCAGAAACAACGGCUGAUUUUUGGCAGCUAGUUUGGGAACAAGGCAGCGUCGUAAUCGUGAUGCUAACUAGACUUACCGAAGAAGGUGUUGCCAUGUGUCACCGUUAUUGGCCGGAAGAAGGAUCAGAAUUGUAUCACAUUUAUGAGGUGCAUCUUGUUUCUGAGCAUUUCUGGUGCGACGACUACUUGGUGCGUUCCUUCUACUUGAAGAAUUUACGUACCGGUGAAACAAGAACUGUAACCCAAUUCCACUUCUUGUCCUGGCCUGAGAAUAGCGUGCCACACUCCAUCAAGGCUCUCCUUGAAUUCCGCCGGAAAAUUAACAAGUCUUACAAAGGCAGGUCAUGCCCUAUAGUUGUGCAUUGCAGUGAUGGCGCUGGGCGUACUGGUACAUAUUGUUUAAUCGACAUGGUCCUGAACCGUAUGAUGAAAGGAGCCAAGGAAAUCGAUAUUGCAGCUACAUUAGAACAUAUAAGAGAUCAAAGAUCUGAUAUGGUUGCGACAAAGCAACAGUUUAAAUUUGUUCUCAUGGCAGUGGCAGAAGAAGUGCACGCUAUCCUUAAAGCUUUACCUGUACCCCCUGCAGAAAAAUCUUCUCUUCCGGGAAAUUCUUCGACAAAGCAAGACCAGUAAGAUUUGAUUCGAAAUUGCAAUCGCGGCGAACACAGGCAAAGUAUUAAUUACAAUUUACCAGAGAAAAAAAUGGCCAAAUAUUUCUAGUCGACCGUAAUCGCAUCUUUUGUUCUCUAGAACUUUCUUCUAAAUAUUUUUGAACAUAUCCUAUCAUCGUACAAAUCUGUUAUAAAUUUCCAAUAAGCCAUUGUUUUAACUAUGCUUCAUUAUAGAAAACAUCGAACUCUUUAAAUUAUGAAGAUUUUGCUUGUUUAUUCAUGUUACGAGAUAAAUAUAUAUAAAUUAUAUCAACUAUUUUAGAGAAAAGUUUACGUGGCAAUCUAUAAUAUUUAAUUAUGCAUCUCGUUUGACUACGGCCUAUUUGAAUAGUCGAGUACAAGCAAAUGGAUUCGAAAGACUGAGCUAUGCAGCUGAUGGAAUUCUAGGUAUCAACUAGUAAUGGAAUCAUUUGUACUGCGAGCCCUUGUAAAUUUGUCUUUUGAAGUAAUUUUUGCAGUGACCAAAUUUUAACGCGGUAUAUUGUUUUAUCGUGGAAAUGGAUGUUUAUCUCUCAUUAUGUAGCUCAGUCUUUGUAUAGUUUGUAUUCUAUCUUUAAUUUCAUAUUACAAAAAGUUUUACUUUUAAGUUAAAAAUACGUUGCUUCCUCUCAUGGACAACUCUACUAACGUGCUUUACAAUAGCUUUAAAUAAGAUACCAAAAUAUAUUGUGGAAUAAUUAACAUAAUUCUAUCUGCUCAGUCAAUUCUAUCAAGUGUAUAUAACGUUGAUGCUCACAUUAAUUAAGUCAUAUAUAAUUAACUAUGCGUUCAAUUCAAUUAUCUACUUUGUUGAAUUGAUUUCUUUAGAAGAGUCUUUGAUAUACAGAGCUUCAUUGAAACUUUUAUGUUAGAAAUGCGAGAAUCGAAAUUUCCACAUUAGAAAUUGAAAUCAGAAUUUUUAUACUAUUGUUACAUGUUCUAAAAAGAAUGGAUUUUAAUAGAUGGCUAUGACUGUUGUUUCCGUGAAAUGAAAUUUUUAGGCGUUAAAUAUAAAAUUUCAUGCGAGAAAUUCGCAAGAAGCACUAUUUAUCUCAAUCUUUUUUCUACGCGUUCAGAAAUAAAAAUGAUCGAGCUGCACAAUAUAAUUCACAUUAUAAUUAA